UGGAAAGUUGAAGGUACAAUACAGUACAUGUUGCCCAGUGCUGUACCCGUGGGCUUUUUUUUUUAGGUAGUGUGUUCGCCCCUGGUCGUGGCGGGCGCCGUCCACUCCGAAUUUUGGAGCUCUGGAAUCUCGCAUAACCCUCCCUUCGCCCUACCGCGUAGGACAAACACCAUCACAGAAAAAGCGCGACGAAGAGCCCCGUCGAUAGAAUUCAUCGACGUAGAAAACUGCACGAUUGAUUCACACGUUGUCGCGCGGGCUGGUGAGAAGAGAGGCAAACGAACAAAAGGGGUGUGCGCUCCCCCCCUCCCCUAAAAUCUCAACAGAGAGAUAAAAAAGAAGGAAACCUUAGGAAGAAAAAAAAAACAUACAAGAGCUACGGUCGCCCACUACAAUGUCCACAAACCACAGAGCCAGCCGAUCCCGGUUUUCGAGCCCUUUACAUUCGAGCUCGCCUUCCGGACACAAUAGAGGAUUUACUAGUGAGGGUCAAAGAUCAUUCAUGCAGCGCUGGCUCGAACCGCCGAUACAGAACAAAGCCAGUUUCCAGGAGGCAGGAUUGAUCAGAGGCGGAGUGGUCGAAAAUAUGGCACCUCUCGGUACGCUUCCUAAGGCAGCCAUGCAAAAAAAAUCUCCUCUUAACGGAGAUCCGUUUCCACCUCCUGUCAAGACUCGUAUUGUUCUUAAAAAACCAUACAUCGCUACUACCACAACAGCACCCGAGAAAGCGCCACGCGUGAGAGACGCAUCGCCUAAUGAAGAAAUGAAUACAGAAAUGGAUACGACCGCUGAUGUGGAUGCGACGCCGUUGUCGCCCUUAUCUCAGCCUCUACUGCCCACUGUCUUACCACUAGAUGACGGAGCAGAUGAUGACUACGUACCGCAAAACCCCAAGUCGCGACCAUUAAACACCUCAGUAUCAAUCUCAGUAACCCCCAACAAUACGCGUCGCCACUCUGUCCGCCGACGAAGUGCACGGCCCAGCCCUACCCCCAUGUCUUCUCCCAUUCACCCACCUUCCCCUCCCCGUUUUCAUCCACCCCCUUCCACUCUUAACCGCGAACCUGAUAAGGACCUCGCAGACAAAGUUGUGGAGGCAGCUGUAGACGAAGCUCUGCGACAUUACCGCUAUCCUACAGCUUGGGCGUUGCGCUUGCUCUAUGAUGAGCAUUCAUCUGAUCCUCAUUUUGUUUCUAUGAUUGAGGACAUCUAUUAUCAACGCGCAGACCCUGACACUCUCAAAGAAUUCAACAAGCUUGUCUGUGAUAAGAAAAAAGAGGGAAAGGUAGAUAACAAAGGCUGUUACUACUUUGUGCCUCCUUCUACCGGCAGUGGCUUUACUCCUCACAAGCCCAAGACUGCACCGUACGAGGACAUGAUCAAACUGGAUCUCAGUGUAUUUCACGACACUCCGGCUGAUGAUCACGUCAGCAAGAAGAUCAAGCUAGAUAAUGACAGCAUCGUGAAUGGCAAUAGCAGCCCAGUUAAGAUCAAUGGAGCCAACGUCAACAGCCAGAAAGGUGGCACGACCAGCAAGUCGCCUAGCAAAGGAAAGAAGAUGCGGACAGGAUCAGUAAGCAGUUCAUCGACACUGUCAUCAGUUCCAGACGAUGUCCCGGACGACUAUGAAGAGUAUAUGGAUCAGGUGGAUGAUGAUCUCGGUGUCGCGCGUCCCAGUUCGAGUCCCCAUCCCCGUAUCAAUCCUACUCCCAUGGCUGCCGAGCCAAAUAAUGCACAAAUCCCGGCAGACUCGACCCAGCCAAUCAGCAACCAGAAGCAGAAACCCGCAGCCAAAAAGAAGAAUGCAUCUCUCAAGCAUCCCUCUUCACAAAACACUCCUCGUCACAACCUUCCAACCAGAGACUCCAGCAUGCCUUCUGCUAUUUCCCAUCCCACCACUCGUAACAAGCAGCAAGCAGCAAGCACUGGCCUGAAGAGCAGUCUUAAGUUUGAUAGCAGAUUUGGAGAUUUGGAUGAAACUGAUGAACUUACUCAGAAAAAGCUGGCGAAACGACUCGAAACAAUCAGUCUUACCAAAGAUUCUACUGAGAACAGCUUCAUUCGCGAACCUUCGCAUUUGGAAGAUCAAGAUCUGUCCUUUGAGCUGGCUGUGCCACCUCCACCACCAGUCGUUGAGCAGAAUCGCUUAUCCCGCACUCCAGCCCUGAGUACCCGAGCUGCCCGAGCUGCUAAGCGACACAACGAGGAUGUUGACGAGUCCAUCUCGCCAAUUGCAUUAUCAUUCAAGGCUGAUCUAGAGCCCCCAUCUUCGACGCGCAACUCGCGGGCCGCGACGCCUGCCAAUCUACGAUCUACCAAGAAACCCCGAGCAGGGUUACGCGUGAAAAAUUCACCGAUGAAGAAAAAAGGAACGUCUGCGGGAAUUCCUCGCAGCAACGGGGAGCGACCGAGCCCUAUAGGCAACAGUUUGGCACAUAAUUCAGACGAGAAUGAUGACUGCUGUUACACUUGUGGCGGCAAUGGGGAGAUAGUGUGUUGUGACGGAUGCCACUAUUCAUUUCACUUCUUGUGCAUCGAUCCCCCAAUGGACGGUGAGCGCAUGCCGGACGAGUGGUAUUGUAAUGAAUGCAAGCAUAAUUAUUAUCCACCCUUUGGCAAGAAUGAGGGCAUCUUUGCCUCCCUACUCGACACCUUGGACCGAAAGAAUCCUAGAUCGUUUCGUCUUCCUGAAGAUGUCCGAGAGCAAUUUGAAGGUGUCCGAACUGGUCCUGACGGCGAAUACGAGGAGAUUGCACCUCCCAAGCCCAAAUCCAACAAGAAGGGGGCUGAGGAACCUUUCGACUUUUAUCGAGUCAGAAAUGCUGAUUCGCCUGUCUUGUGUCAUCAUUGCAAGAAGGGUGCCUCGGAAAGCCGCAUGAUUAUUCCUUGUUCGGUGUGCGGGCUUCACUGGCACCUUGAAUGUGUUGAUCCACCUCUGGCUAUACCACCAGUCCUUCGAACCUGGCGUUGUCCGUGCCAUCCAGAAGAUAUGCUCGAGCAGACGCUCGCCCCGGCACACCGGCACCGCAAGAUUAAGGAUGUCCCAGCCAUCGAGCAAGGUUACAGUAGAGGAUUGCCCAACAACGGCUUCAUAGAAGUCGACAAUGAUGAUAGCAACGAUGAAAGUGAACACGGUUGGGGCAGACAUGUAAAUUAUGGCCGCGUUCAACGAGUGUCCGAGAAAGGCAUAAAGUUAGACUUCAUCCAACGUGUCCGUCAGAAUCGCAAAUAUCGACAGAGUAGCCAUCCUUAUGGCCAGCGUCCCGCUCAAGCCGGCGCAACGCGCCCUACCCCCACACCUCUCAAGGCAGCAACCCUCGAGGAGCAGCAAGUGGCCCUAAAUCUUGCCCAGCUUUCUCGAAACCAGGGUGAUGGCAUGAGUCAAUUGCAUCAAGCUCUGAUCUCUAACGCGAGCCCCGCAAUGGUCUCUAUGAUGGCAAUGGGAGACGCCGAGCGCAUCGCAUCCGGUAAACUAGCUACAGUCGAUGUUGCCUCUCUUCGAGCCAUGCUCACUCAAGUCGAAUGCCUUACGCAGGGCAUUCGCGAAGUCUUACAAAGCAAAACCGCCCAUACUCCAGAGACCGUCGCAGGUAGCGAGACCCCUAAAGCGACACGGUUUGAUGCUCGCUUACCCAAUGUCAUCCCCGAAGAUGACAAUAUGACUAUUGUUGAAGACGAUAAGUCUAGCACUGUUGGGAAUAGUGCUUCUCACGACUCCGAGGCCGGCAGUGGCAAACCAGACGAUAGCUCUGCCAUGGAGGUCGACUAAGUCUAGGUGAACCCGUAUGGUCUAG